CUUGUAGUUGCUCCUCAAAGGGAGCUUUGGAUUUGUUUCUAGUUACUUAAUACAGUGUAGCAAUGUGUUUCUUACUAUGAUGGUGUCGUACGUGUUGCGUUUGGAAUACUAAGUGGUUGUUCGUAGAAUUCAGUGGCUAUGGCUUUUAGUACACUGCGAACUUUGUUUUUCCACAUGUAAAAGACGGAAUAUAAUUAAUUUUAGCUUGAAACAAGUGAAUUAUUAACCAUAAAUCAUGUCUGUUAGUGUUCACGAAAACCGCAAAUCCAGGACUAGCACAGAUUCCAUGAACAUUUCCCUCUUUCACAAAAUCUCCCAUCCAGACAUUGUCCUAACACACCUCAAUAAUUUGAGAAAGCAGUGCAUGUUUACAGAUGUCACCUUAUGGGCUGGGAAUAGGUCCUUCUCUUGCCAUCGAGCUGUGUUGGCUGCCUGCAGUAGGUAUUUUGAAGCAAUGUUCAGCAAUGGUUUACGUGAGAGCCUGGACAGUGAUGUUAAUUUUCAUGACAGCAUACAUCCUGAAGUUUUGGAACUUCUCUUGGAUUUUGCAUACACAUCAAAGGUAAUCAUAAGUGAAGAAAAUGCUGAAUCUUUGCUCGAAGCUAGUGAUAUGCUUCAGUUUCAUGAUGUUCGGGAUGCUACAGCUGAGUUUCUGGAAAAAAAUCUUUCCUCUUCCAACUGCCUGGGUAUGUUGUUGCUGUCAGAUGCUCAUCAAUGUAGAAGACUUCAUGAGAUGUCCUGGAGGAUGUGCCUUCUAAACUUUGAAACCUUGUGCAAAAAUGAAGAUUUUGAUGACAUCUCCAAAGAUAAACUCAUUGAGCUGAUUUCCAGUGAUGAGCUAGAAAUAGAGGAUGAACAAAUAGUUUACAAUGCAAUCAUCCAGUGGGUCAAAUUUGACUUGGAGAAAAGAGUGAUGCAUCUCCCAGAACUUCUAAAGAAUAUCCGUCUAGCUCUACUGCAGUCUGAGUGUCUCACAGAGGCUGUGGCAUCUGAGGAUCUGAUCAUGUCUAAUGAAACAAGCAAACUUAUUGUAGAUGAGGCAAUUCAGUGCAAACAGAAGAUCCUGCAAAAUGAUGGUAUAGUCACAAGCCCUUGUGCGAGACCCCGGAAAACGGGUCACACACUUUUUAUCUUGGGUGGUCGUACAUUUAUGUGUGAUAAGAUUUACCAGGUUGACCACAAAGCAAAAGAAAUCAUCCCUAAAACUGACCUUCCAAGCCCUAGAAAAGAGUUCAGUGCCUGCGCCAUUGGCUGCAAAGUUUAUGUAACAGGUGGUCGAGGGUCAGAAAAUGGUGUUUCUAAAGAUGUCUGGGUUUAUGACACAGUCCAUGAGGAAUGGUCCAAGGCUGCACCAAUGCUGAUUGCCAGAUUUGGACAUGGCUCUGCUGAACUAGAAAACUGCCUGUAUGUAGUUGGGGGCCACACUUCUUUAGCAGGGGGUUUUCCUGCAUCUCCUUCUGUGUCCCUGAAACAAGUAGAAAAAUAUGAUCCCUUGACUAACAAGUGGAUGAUGAUGGCCACUUUAAGGGAUGGUGUCAGUAAUGCCGCAGUAGUAAGUGCAAAGCUGAAACUGUUCGUGUUUGGAGGCACAACAAUGCAUCAGGACAAAGCAUCAGUUCAGUGCUAUAAUCCAGUGGAAAACUGUUGGACUGUUGAAGCAGAGUGUCCUCAGGCUUGGAGAUAUACAGCUGCUGCAGCUUUAGGAAGUCAGAUUUUCAUCAUGGGUGGAGACACCGAAUUUACAGCUGCAUCAGCCUAUCGCUAUGACUGUGAAGCAAACCAGUGGACUAGAGUAGGGGAUAUGACUUCCAAACGAAUGAGCUGCCAUGCAGUAGCAUGUGGUAAUAAACUUUAUGUUGUAGGAGGUUACUUUGGCACCCAGAGAUGCAAGACUUUGGAUUGCUAUGAUCCUAUUUCAGACUCCUGGAGCAGUAUAACAACAGUGCCUUACUCGCUCAUACCCACAGCUUUUGUCAGUACGUGGAAGCACUUACCAGGAUGAAGAGUGCGUUAUUCAUAUCAAGAAACAGAAGCUAAGCUAGGUGGCUGUGUUCUUAUUUUCCAUUUUGCCGGAGUUUACAAUGUGAUUGAAUCUGGCCGUGUUCCCAUUCUGACACAAAAGACGUCUUUGGGUCUCUCUGUCUGAGCUUUCAUCUUUUCAGAAGCUACACUGAGCAAAGAUCCUGCCAACAAACACUAUAUUACACUUUCUGCAACUCCUGUAUAAUAGUGGAGUGAGGAUUGCAUGGGAAGCUGUUCACAGGCAGUUUGGAAUGUCCUAAACUAAGAGUCUUAGUCCCAGCUGACUUUCUGUACCACAGCUUCUUAAAUAAAAAUUACCUUGGUGGCAUCCCUUGAUUAGCAAAGGGGUGCUCUGCAGGUAUUCAUUGCAGAGUGCAGUUGUAGAAGUGGGAUUCAGAAUGAGCUAUAUUUGGAGUUUCCAGUAGAUAUUGUCAUUUUAUACUGCAAUGCAAAAUGCAGUGAGAAUAAAACUUGUAGGCAUUUCUGUAUAAAAACUUAUAGGCAUUUCUGUAUAAAAAAUGUUUUGAAUUGCUCUUGCUGAAAGUUUUCCUUUGAUAUAGUGGUUACAUAGCAACUGAUUAUUUUUCAGUUUUACAGUCUUGUUGGAUUGUUUACAAUGCUGUGCAUUGCAGAAUGUCGUUAGAAAGGUGGUACUACAGCAUGCAUUUAGUUCAUGCACUCACUGUAUUGUGUUGCUGCUAGAUAGUUCGCAUUUUUUAAUGGUCUGUGGAUUAUUUCAGAUCCUUGGCUUGAUGUUCAUAAAGUGGACUACUUUUCCUCUGUACUGAAAUGUGCAGUAUACUGACUUUGAACAGUACUGUAUAUUUUAGUAACAAAAGUAAUGCAGCUGGAAGAUCUUAAGUUAUUUUUCCAGAUUUUCAGUUUUCAUGUUAAUGUUGCACAUUCUGACAUGAUAGAAUGUUUCAUUUCCCAAAAAGGAUACUUUGAACAUUUUUUUUCAUAAUAAAUUUACUUACUUCACACAAUAUUAUUACUGUGUUUUUGCUUUGCUUCUAAGCACAAAAACAUAACUAAAGCAAGAAUACAAUCUGUAUAUCACUAGAGAUGAACUCUGUUACUGUUUCUCUGACUUGACUGGCAUAUUGUAGCUGCAGUCCUAAAACAACUUUUCCAUAUAUAGGCAAAUAAAAGAAGUUGUAAAGUAGUUCACUGAAUAAGCUGUUUAUUAAAAUGUGAACAGUUCUUAAUUCAAGCACAUUUGUUCAUGUUAUUAUAAUUGAUGAUGUCCUAACCAAAUUCGCUGUUGCAGUAUUCGUGACCGAUAUGAUUUGGCUCUGAUGUCUGGCCAGAGAGCCAAUGUUUUACCUUCCCGAGGGCGUAUGUCUGACUUUGACCUCAGUACACGUGCGUUAGGGUAUAAAGGUGGACAUAUGUAUAAGAUUCUCAGACUACCUUGCCACCAGCCCAAAUGCAGGUUGCACACCUGUCAGACUGAUCCACAUUUGGUCAUUUGUACUGCUGCUUUGAUUAAUCAUUGCCAUAUAAUUUCCCCUUUGGGUAACCUUCCUUCCUUGUUUCUUAGACUGUGUUUUAAGUUUGUUAGAUGUUCGCUAUGAAGGGUAGGUGUGAGUGCUGCCGGCAGAUUCUGUACAGGGACAAGGGCACUAAGUACGUUUUUGCCUAGGCCUGGAUCACAAUUACAAAUCCUGUUCCCUGUGUCAGUCAUUUGUCCCCAAGACUCAAAGGUCGAGAUUUUCCAAUCUUAAUACCUUCCUUGAAACUCGGCAAUUGAAACACUUAGCUCAAUCCAAGAUGGUGGAGACUCUGGCUUCCAACAUCAGCCUUCCCCCUAAAAAGAAACACGAGACUGAGAUGAUUUGCAGUCCAGCAUCUCUGACUCAGACAUACCUGCUGAGGUGGUCAAACCCUCGGUACAUCAAAGUGCCUCUCAAGGGCCAACUGGCCUUGCAGAUUGCAGAUGCCUUGGAUGAAUUGUGUCUUAUCUCAGAAGGCUUGCAUGGAAUCUCUCACUUCCUUGUAUAGAUAGAUGUCCCUGGUACAUUGAAUGAAAUGAGACAUGGCACCAAACAUCAAAGGCUCUUACAGGCAGACAUCACCCCAAAAAAAAAAAAAACAAGCAUUUGACCUCUCCUGUGCCUUCCAGAGAAAAAUAAUGGAUGGACUUGGCUUAAGCCUUGAGAUAUUAUGGACCUGAAGGUUCCUCCUUUGUGACCCAGCUAACUCCAGCCACGGCACAAAGGCACGCUCUAAACUCUUCCUCCUCAGAAGAGGAUCCAAAGCCAAACUAUGAUUAUUCUGUGGUUUACUAAUUGCAACUUCACUUUCCUGAGCAGGUCUGCUCAUGCAAAGGGGACUCCCGGAAGAGGCUUCCUUUGGAGAAACCAUUCAUAACACGAGACAUUUUUGAAUGGCAGACAAGGCAAGUCUCUGAGAUCCAAAGAAGAAAAAGAUACUACAGUCUUCUGGAGAUGGGUGCUGCAUCCCCCUUCACUAGUCCCUCCAGUCCUGGGGGCUUAUUAGGACACCUUUCACCCUUCUUCCUUAACAUCUGAUUCUCAGCCACCUGCUCUUAAAGACCAGAUGGAUUUUAUAAGGUCUCCAACGAGAUUAAAUACCCAUAUAAAAAUCCCAUGGCUGAUCUUUUCUCUCACCUCAGAUAAACAAUCUAAGCUGCUUCCCACUGUUAAUGUCCUUCCCACUGAUAAGGACAGCAGGGCCAUGGAUAGGUGGGGUAACAAACUCUACACCUUCUUCAUUCAGAGCUAUUAAUUAUUGAAUACAAAUGACUACCUACUUUCUCUGCAUAAGUUCAUGACAGAACCUCAGACAGCAGAUCCUAAACAGCAAAUGCAGCCCCUCCUGAUCCAAGCUACAUAAGUAGCUAGGCACAGCAUGAAAUUUAGCUGUGAUGUGGUGGGUGUCCAGAGUUGUUGCCGCAGGCUCAGUGUUCAGACAGUGUACAUGGCUGCAGGGACAGCGCAUCCCUGAAGAAUUCAAAUCUAAAAUCUUAGAUUCCCCAUUGGACACUGAACAUUUGCCUGGACCACAGGUUAACAGUCUUUUCAAAAUUCUGCAAGAAUAACGCAAGACUACAAAAGAAUUCAGGCAGAUUCUUCUCUCUCUAGUCUCUAGAUAUCAUUGAAAUUCUGCCAAAUCCACUUCCUUUGCUAAAAGAAAUCUUAGGCCCUCUCACAAACCUAGAAAAAUAUCUAGGAAAAGAUUUUCUGACAAACCACAGAAGGAAUUCUUCUUCAGGGAGGCAUUCCUUUGAAUGCAAAAAAACUGACUAUCCCGGAAACUACUAAAAGAAAAUCAUACAGAGCCAAGAUUCUCAGUUUGGUGCCACAAACGCAGACUGGAACCACUCUCAUUCAAGUGUUCCCAUUGUACUUCACUAUCUCUGAGAUGUUCUUCAUGUUUCACUGUUGCAGUCCUGACUUUUGGGAUUUUCCGCCGUGGAAGCCCUUGGCUGGCCCAACUACCAGAGUAAGAAUGUUCCCUCCUCCUACAACUGGCAGACUCCUUAACCUGACAUCAGUACACUGGGGUAUAAGUGGAGUCUGUCAGUGGCAUGUCCUCAGUUCUUUCUUGCCAUCGGAGCCCCAAGCAGACAUCCCGUACAUGCAUCGGUCAGUCCACACCAGCGAGAAACUCCAGAAAGCUAAGUACCCCAUUGGGGAUCUCUUUCUUUUUUUUUUUCUAACUAAUGUCAAACAGAUCCUUAGAGGGGUCAUCUACAUCAGACCUCCUGGGAUACCUCAUACACCACACUGCAUCCAAACCUUUGUCCUAAAAAGGCUUACACUUCCUCCUUUUGAACCAGACUCUCCUUCAGAUAUAAUAUUCCUGACAUAAGACUGCCUUCCUACUAGCUAUCACUUCAGCUAGGAGAGUUUCUGAACUCCAUGCUCUCAUGGCAGUGGAACCCUUUCCUCAUCUUCUGCCCUGACUGUCUCUUUCUCUCUCUUUCAGGACUAAUCCUUCUUUUUAUGCCCAAGGUGGUGAUUGAAAUCUCUUUAAAUUAAGUAAUACAUCUGCCUAUAUUCUGUCCAAUCCCACAAAACGAGGCAGAGAAUUCUGCUUUUUUCAGAUGUCGGUAGGCAGUUACAUUACACUCUGGACAGAACAAAGCCAUCAGGAGAUCUGAUCAGCUAUUUGUAACCUUUGCUAACAGCACUGAAGGAAAACCUGUCUGCAAGCAGACCAUUUCCAAAUGGAUCUUUCACUGUAUCUCUUUUUGUUAGUCAUGGAAGCAGCACACCUGAGGCUGUAAGGGCUCAUUCCACUAGGGUAUCUAGGUCCUCUACUGCCUCCCUGAAAGGUGUUUCUACUAAAGACUACUAGAGGUUGCCAAUUGGUCUUCAGUGCACACUUCCACCACACACUACCACUGUCGGCCUUUUCCAAGUCCGGAACAGGGUUUGCCUCUGUUACCCUAGAAAACAUCCUCUCCUCUCCUUAAUUUACCGUCCUAUCCUCUUUUCAGCUUUGGGAAUCAUCCCACAAGUCAGGACUGCAACAGUGAAACAUGAAGUACAUUGUUUAGUUGUGUACACUUACCAUAAAUGUAGAUGUUUGAGUGUAUUCACUGUUGCAGUCAUAUUUCCCUCUGUCCUUCCCCCUAGCCUACAGGGUAGGCUUCUACUAUUUCCUAUUUACCUUGGACUCCUCCUCUUGGCUCUUGCUUUUGCGUAAUUGUCUCCUCACUCCCAGGGGCAAGAAAAUAACUGAGGCCAUGACAUCAGCUGACUCCACUUAUACCCAGCAUACUGACAUCAGGUUAAGGCAUCUGCCAGUUGUAGGAAUAGGGAAAAUUCUUACUCUGGUAGUCAGGCCAGCCAAGGGCUUUCAUAGUGGGAAAUCCCACAAGUCAAGACUGCAACAAUGAAUGUUCUUGAACAUCUGCAUUUAUAGUAAGUGUACACAACUGUACUUUUCUGCAUUCUAGGUUGGCCUACUAAUCAAGUAAAACCCAUUUGGCAGCCAUCAAUACCUGUUUGCCUCUUGAUCUUCCUCUCAUGUCCAGGAGAAAGGUCAAGCUCCACCUAGGAAUAUUGUACCUUAAGCUUCAAGAAAAUGAAUUAUUUCACCUUGAGCUCUUAAUUUUUGUUCUGGAAGAACUUACUUUAUUCCCUUUAGAGCCAGCCACAUCUGCUGUCUUAAAAUUCUGCAUAUGGAAAACUGUCCUCCUACUGGCUCUUAACUCAAUGUGCAGAGUGUCUAAACUCCAGGCACUCAUAGCUACUCAUUACUUUCUUAUUUUCCACAGGGACAAGGAUAAUGCUUAGGACCAACACUUUUUUUUUUCAAAAUAAGAAAAACUAGCCAAUUAUUUGUUUCUUUCAUGGUUGCCAAGCUGGGUUAACCAGUCUCGAAGUAAACUAUUGCAUCCUGGAUAUCGAAGGCCAUCUCAUUUUGCUACUUACAACAUGGUAAACCUUUGCCUUCCUUCCCUAAGGCACGUUCAACUCGGGCAGUUGCCUCCUCGACACGGGUGCUGAUGCCAGGUAUGUCUUUGAAGCUGCCACUUAGUCCUUUGUGCACAUCUUCACGAAGCACUAUAAAAUUUAUGCUUUCUCCAGAUUAAGGGUUGCCUUUGACAGAUCAUUCCUCUGUGGUUUCCUGGACAGUUCUUCUUCACUUUAGCCACUCACCUCACCUUUCCAUUCUCUCUCUACUCUGGGAAUCACCCAUCUGUCAUGAAUACUGCAACAGUGAUUUUCAGUUAAGACCUAGUAUAGUUUUGUAAGAACUUCCAUAACAUUAGAUGUCUGUGCUGAAUACUGUUGCAUUACUCCUUCCCUUUUUCUUUUCUCUCUACUCUCAUACCUGCAGAUUACACACAUAUCCCUUCUUGGGGGGAGUUUCCUACUUGUUUGCGAUACACCCCUCCUCGCUGAGCAGUUUUCAGUCUCUGUUGUCUUCAGGCCACUGGCUUUGAGAUGGUGUUGGGAUCUUGUGCGUACAUCCACCUUUAUACCCCAACACACAUGAUCUGAGGUCACGUCAGAUGUACAUCCUCGAGAAAGUAAAGCUUUGGUACCCUGGACAGACGUCAGUGACAAAAAAAAAAAAUCUGUUAUGAAUACUGCAGCAGUGAUGAAUAGGACAUCUACUGUUAUAUUAAGUUCUUACACAACUGCACUUUAAAGCAGCACGGUCAGUAAAACAGAAAAUUCUCUUUUGACUAGUGAUAUAAAAUGUUCAUAUAUACAAUUUUCUAAAGUACUAGCUGCUGCUUUCAGAUGAUUGUUUUCCUUAGUGUGCAGUUCAAUGCUUUGUAGUGCAAAAAAAUACUCAAGCUUUCUAAAUCACUUGAUAUGUCACCUUUUUGUCUUCUGUUUUAAAUGUCCAUAGAAACAGUGGUUUGAGGUGGCUGGCUAAGUGACGGUGCAUUGUUUGUCAUUGAUAUUUAUGUAAUGCCUUUUUUUUUCUCUGAAGGCACUGUGAUGAACACAGACAUACACACUAAAGUGAUGUACUCCAAAAGGCAGCAGUUUGUUUUGUUAUAAAACAUUUUUUGCGUCAGAAGAUUCAGAAAUAAUCAAGAUAAAUUCUGCACAUAAACAAAGGGCUUUAUGUAAUGUACAAAAAGAAAUAAAUAAGAACUUUGUGUGUCUGAUAUUGUCACUUUUAAGCAGACCAUGAGUGUACAAUCCUGUUUCAUCAGAUAGGUUUGACUGUACAAGUUUUGUAACUCACCCUAAGAUACAACCUUGGUAUAGAUUAUAUUGAUUAAGAAAGUGCAGUGCAGCACAGCACACAUAUGGGUUGCCCUUCCCUAAAUAGUGUCCAACCCAUUCUGUGUAAUCAUUCAGUAUGACUGAACCACAAUUGUACUAGACCAUUGUCCCUUAGAAAUCAGUAACAUUAUGUGUAACUGUAAUCCUCACCAUUACAGCCAUACAGCCCUAAGCCUGCAACUGCAAAUCUGACGAGCAGCAGGGCAACAUUUAUGGGGGGGGACAAGAAACUUAGUGUGUGUGGAGUGCUUUAUACAUUUUUUGACCAUUUGGAUCUUCUUUUCUGCCAAUUAGAUGUGAUACACAAAGAUUGUUUCAUUGCAGCAAGUGAACAUCACUCCUCUGUUGACUGCGAACAUGGUCUGUACAAUAACACUUGUAAGGCAUUUCUAAAACUAAAAGUUAAAUUCAUUAAUCUUCAGAGAAGUAAGUGUCUUUCAUGUCAUAUUUGAUGUAGUGCUGCAACUCUUUUAAUUAAAAAUUAGGAAAAUGCCUAAAACAAAACUUAACAUUUGCCUUUUUAUAAAAGCUCUUACCUGUACUGCGCUUGCUGGUUUUAAGACCUUUAGAUCUGAAUAACUACACUAAUGUGCCUUGGAGUUGUGUUCUUUGCUACACUGGACAUUCUGAUGCAGUGGAUCCUGGGCAUUCUAAUGCCAGGCCAUGCUGUUUGAAGAUUCAGUCGUAACAGAGCUUUGUGAAUUAUGGGCAGUAGUUAUCAAUAUUGUCAUUUUGAGUGAGCAUGUAUCUGAAUGCAGUGGCAUGCUACAGGACAAACCUGCAUAUAAAUUUUGAUGGAAUGUUCUAGACUUGAAAUAAAGCUGUUUUUAAUCUAAA